AUGGAAGCAGAGGUGGACUCGCUGCGUAUCCUGCUCUAUUCGGUCAUCUUCCUCCUCAGUGUGUUGGGCAACCUGCUCAUUAUCGUGGUCCUGGCAGUCAACAAGCGCAUGAGGACGGUCACCAACUCCUUCCUGCUAUCGCUGGCAGUCAGCGACCUGAUGAUGGCCAUCUUCUGCAUGCCCUUCACCCUCAUCCCCAACCUCCUGGAGGACUUCAUCUUUGGACCCGCCAUGUGCAAGAUAGUGGUCUACCUCAUGGGUGUAUCCGUGAGCAUCUCCACCUUCAGCCUGGUUGCCAUAGCGAUCGAGCGCUACAGCGCCAUCUGCAACCCACUGAAGUCGCGGGCGUGGCAGACCCGUUCCCAUGCCUACCGGGUGAUCGCCGCCACCUGGCUCCUGUCCUUCAUGAUCAUGACCCCCUACCCCGUGUUCAGCCACCUGAAGCACGUCCCCCUAAAGGACAACAUCACCAUCGCACGCAUGUGUCGCCACAUCUGGCCCUAUCCAGAGGUGGAGCAGACCUGGAACAUGAUGUUGCUGCUUACGCUCUUUGUUGUUCCGGGGGUGGUGAUGAUUGUGGCCUAUGGACUCAUCUCCAGAGAGCUGUACCGGGGAAUCCAGUUUGAGAUGGUUCAGAAGACAUCAUCCCCCGGUCUAAAGAACGGCCUGACCACCACCGGGGCUUGUGGCAGCGACGACGGUGAUGGAUGCUACGUCCAGCUCGCUAAGCGACCGCGCUCCAUGGAGAUGUCCACUCUGACAUCAUCGACGGCAACCGCGUCCAAAUUGGAGCGUCCCCGCAGCAACACCUCGGAGGCCAAGCUCUUGGCCAAGAAGCGCGUGAUCCGGAUGCUGGUGGUGAUUGUUGCUCUGUUCUUCCUGUGCUGGUUGCCCCUCUACUGCGCCAACACUUGGAAGGCUUUCCACCCCGUCUCUGCCCGCCGUGCCCUCUCUGGUGCCCCCAUCUCCUUCAUCCACCUCCUGUCCUACACCUCAGCCUGUGUCAACCCCAUCACCUACUGCUUCAUGAACACACGCUUCCGCACGGCGCUGCUCGCCACCUUCGCCUGCUGCUGCCGCCCGCCCUGCCGACACAGACGCCACGCGCUGCGGGAUGGAGAGGAGGACGCCAUGGCUAUGGGGGUGUCCAUGUCCAAAUUUAGUUACACCACGGUCAGCACUAUGGGGACGUGCUGAGGGAGGAACCAUUGACUGACUGGGGGACGAGGGGAACAUGGGGGGACAUGGGGGGAAACCAGAGA